AUGGAUGAGCCAUCAACGAAACGCGCGAAAGUCGAGGGAGAAAUGAAUGGCGAGAAGACCGAAACCGAAUCAGCUCAAGAUUUUGAUUCUGCAACACGGAAAAUUCUGGAGCAGGUGGACCAGGUUGAGCAGAAGUACAAUUCACUUCGGAAGCCUUUCUUCGACAAACGCAACGACCUCGUCCGUGACAUUCCCAAUUUCUGGGUCACAGCGUUUGUUAACCACCCGCACAUCGGUGUGAUACUGACUGAAGAAGAGGAAGAAUGUCUGCACUACCUGACAACAGUUGAGGUAGAGGAAUUCGACGACAUCAAAUCCGGAUACAGGAUCAAGCUGACGUUCGACGACAAUCCGUUCUUUGAAAACACACAGAUUGUGAAGGAGUUUUCACUGGGUAAUUUGGAACCGACGUGCACGACAACUGAAAUCAAAUGGAAGCCGGACAACGAUCUCACCAAGAAGUCCAAGGGAAGCGAGUGCUGCGCUCCAAUACGAAAAUCGUUUUUCACUUGGCUGGCAGAGAAUGGUGAUGCAGCGAACGAUCAGACCGCUGAAGUUAUAAAGGAUGAUCUCUGGCCAAAUCCGCUGCAUUACUUUCUGGUGUCAGACUCGGAAGAACUUGGGGGUGGAUCGGACAAUGAGGAUGAAAACUAUGAUGACGAACUGGAAGAAGCGGAUGAUGCCGGGGAAGAUAAUGAUGACUAG